AUGAGACUGGCAAGUUUAAAAAAAACUAGAGGAUCUGAAUUAAGUAAAAGUUUUUCAAAAAGGUUCAAAAAUCUUAAAGUUGAAUCAAGUAGUGAAACUGUCAUUUUAGAUAAUUUGAAUAUAUCUGAUU